UAUAUGCAUCAACCCAUGGGUUUUCGCGAUCCUGAUCAUCCGGACUAUGUUUGUCUUCUGAAAAAUUCACUAUACGGCCUCAAACAGGCUCCUCGGGCGUGGUACCAACGAUUUGCUAACUAUGUCUCCACCAUAGGCUUCCAUCACAGCAAAACCGACCAUUCCUUAUUCAUCUACCAUAGAGGCACGAAUAUGGCAUACAUUCUUCUAUAUGUAGACGACAACAUCCUUACCACUUCCACUGAUGAUCUUCAGAAAUCCAUCAUUCCGAAUUUGCAAUGA